AUGGAGAAGCUCCAGAAAGAUAUUGAAGGAGCUGGCGAGUUCGUGCCUUCUAAAUCAGGUGCUGCUUUCUCCAUAGGACAUGACAAUCACUCUGCCUCAGGUACUAGUGGUGGAAGCAACGCAUCUAAGCGCAGAGGUACUUCCUGGAAAAGGUUUAAACAAACCCCUUCAGGAGCUCGUAAAGAGACUCAGUCAGAAACCAUCCAAUCCUCAAUGACGACGCUCAGUUGGAACUGUCGGGGUUUGAGGAGCGUCCUGACAGUUCGACGUCUGGAGGAGAUGUGUCGUGAGCAUCUCCCUGACUUCCUGUUUCUCCUAGAGACUAAAAACUCUAGUGAUCACAUCGAAGGUUUCAAAAGAUCGUUGGGUUACGAUCACAGUUUUUUGGUGAACCCAGUGGGUCUUAGCGGUUGUUUGGUUCUGUUCUGGCGAAAUUCACACGAAGUAGAAAUUUUAUCAUCGAGUGAUAGAAUCAUUGACGCCAGAGUAAAGCAACGAUACUUGGUUUAUUUUAUCUCCUUUGUAUAUGGAGACCCUGUUCGUCAUAAACGUCAGAUAGUCUGGGACAAUCUUAAGACUAUUGGCUUGAACAUGAAUGCUGGUUGGUGCUUAGUUGGUGAUUUCAAUGAGUUGAUGAACUCUUCUGAAAAGAGUGGAGGUCCAGCUCAUGAGGAAUCCUCUUUUUACCCGUUCCGGAAUAUGGCAAGUGGCUGUCGUAUCAAGGAAAUCCCAAGCUCUGGAGACAAGUUUUCUUGGGUCGGAGUCAGAGAAGUAGUAAACAGUGGGGUGAAAGAGAACGUAUGGGUCCAAUACAGGCUUGACAGAACUUUUGGAAAUGCGGAAUGGUUUCGUUUAUUCCCUCGCUCACACACACACUAUCUGGAAAGGCUCGGAUCUGAUCAUAGACCUAUACUGACAAAAAUAAUAGGAGCUGGCACAAAACAUGUUGGUCGCUUCAUGUACGAUAAACGAUGGAGUAACAACCCUGAGGUUGAGGAGAUAGUACGACAAAGCUGGAACACAUCCCAUAAUGGCAGCAUCAACACAGUCUCAGACCGCAUUGCUUCAUGCCGCAAGGCUCUCUCCAAAUGGAAACGUAAUGAGGCUAGUAACUCCAAGAAGAUGAUCAUGAGGUUUAGAGUGGAACUUGAGGAAGAAGAGAAAAAGACCUCUCCUACUAUGCACAAGAUCGUGUACCUGAAAUUGGAACUAGCGAAGUUGUUUCAGGAGGAAGAAGAAUAUUGGAAGCUCAAAAGCAAAAAUAACUGGCUGCAAGCGGGAGACAAGAACACAAAAAUCUUCCAUGGUUGGGCGAGAACUAGAAAGAUGAAGAACUUCAUCACAAGCCUCACUGAUCCUGGUGGUAUUGAACAUACUUCAGAGGAGGCUAAAGGAGAGAUUGCUAUACAAUAUUUCACAGAACUUUUCUCCACCUCUCAGCCUACUGAUGCAACAGAGCUUCUGCAAGAUUUCGCUCCAAAGGUGACAGAACAAAUGAACUUAAAGUUGACAAAACAUGUCACUGAUGCAGAGAUAAAGAGAGCUGUGAAAGCAAUCAAAAGUGAUAGCUCUCGUGGAGUAGAUGGCAUAACGGGGCAUUUCUUUCAAAACCUAAGGCCGAUCAGCUUGUGUGCAGUAUCGUAUAAGAUCAUAUCUAACAUCUUAUGUGCAAGGUUAAAAGGGAUUUUGCCUUUUCUGGUGUCGCCGACACAAGGUGUAUUUUUAGCCGAAAGAUUAAUAUCAGAUAACCUGCUGAUAGCGCAUGAAAUGAUACAUGGACUCAAAACCAACCCAAACUGCAAAGGGGACUUCAUUGCUAUCAAAACCGACAUGUCAAAAGCUUAUGACAGAGUUGAAUGGAGUUUCCUUGAGGUGCUGUUUCAGAGAAUGGAGUUUGCGGAGAGAUGGAUCCAGUGGAUCAUGCUUUGCAUUCGAUCGGUUUCUUAUACCGUGCUCUUCAAUGGCCAAACGUAUGGAAGAAUUACACCAGAACGUGGCAUCCGUCAAGGGGAUCCAUUGUCCCCUUUCCUAUUCAUACUAUGUGCAGAGGCAUUGGUACAUGUGAUGAACAUAGCUGAGCUCCAAGGCAACAUCACAUGA